AUGAAUGUUGAGGAAGAAGAUCUAAAUUUUCUUAAAGGUAUUUUAUUUCAAAAUUUCUAUCAGCUUAACCUCUAUGGACUGGCUGUAGAAACACACCUUAUUUAAUACGAGCAGGAAUCAAUAUUGAUAAAUGUUUGAUUUGUAUUUUUGUAUUUAAAAUAAAGUUAUCACAAAUCUAAGGUAAUCUUGGAUUUGUAAACUCAAUAAAGACCGUAUCUAAAAGGAUAAAGAAUUAUACAACAAAUCAAUUUAAACUACAAAUUUUUAAGGAGUUUUAGAUCUAUUAGAUUUAGCUUUAAAAUAUGAUCCUUAAGCAGAAUACUCCUUUAAAUUAAAUGAGUCCUCUUUGUAUUAUGGCUAUAGUAAUGUAAUCAAGAUAUACACUCUAACAUGGGUGUUCGAUUGUAAAAUUGUGGAUGACCAAUUUCAUAAUAAAAUUCUGAUAAAUGAUAUUGUAAAUCCUUUAUUGUUAACUAUCCAAUCUUUAGAAAAUAGAUGCAAUAAUUAUAAAACAGCAUUUUCAUAAUUAGAGUAGGAUUAUGUAAAAAGAUUGAAUGAAAAGGAAAGAGCCUAAUAUAAAGUUAGGGAUAAAGAUGAUGAUUUAAGUGUAUACAUUUUAGAUGAUCAAAUUGAUUAAGAGAAAAUAUGUUAAAUAAACUUUACUCCUAUUGCUAAUUAUUUCAUUUAAUAUUAUGCCAUUAAUAAAGUGAAUAAAACAUUAUAAUAAUUGAAAAAAAGAUAACCAUAACAAUAAAAUAAAAAUGACAAUACUUCUUAAAAUUUACAUAAAAGUAUAUUAAAUAUUUAAAUUAUUUAGAGGAACAACUUUGGUAAAGUUAUGAAAAUACAUUAUCUGAUAUGUUUGAAGGAAAAGGAUAAUAAAUCAUAGAAAAUGAUAAAAAUGAAUAAAAAUAAGACCGUAGUAAAAACACUAAAAAAAAAGCAGGAUUUUUAUGA